UUUCACUCAAAUCCCAGCCGCUCGCGAUCCUCAGUAGUCUCAGCCGAAUCUGUCGCACUUGGCCACAGCAGCACAGGCAAGACGAAUGGAUACUCAUCUUUCCUGUUGGUGUUUGGGAUAUUAGCUCUCCGUUGCGCCCUGACUGUACCGUCUUAUUCUUUUUGUCUGUUUUCGUCUUCCUCCCCCCCCACCCUCCCCUUUUUGGAUUGCAAUAGUUUGGCGUACGGACACCCGACCGUUUUCGGACCUCACUCUGAACUGUCUCACCAUGUUUCCGCCUGCAGCGAAGCGCUGUUUCACAAUCGAGUCCUUGGUGGCCAAGGAAAGUCCUCUGACCGCCGAGGAACCCAUCAGACCCACAGCUCUCAGCUACUCCAACCCAACAGAUGCCUUCAUGACGGGGUUCCAGGGCCAGGCGGGCAGGUCCCUGUACUCUGGUCCGGAGCUGGUCUUCCCCGAGACGGUGAACCACCCGUCUUUGACUGUGCACCCCCACCAGCUCGGGUCUUCGCAUCUGCAGCACCCGCACUCGUUCUUCGGAACCCAGCACCGCGAUCCCAUUAACUUUUACCCUUGGGUUUUACGGAACCGAUUUUUCGGACACAGAUUUCAAGGAAAUGAUGUUUCCCAGGACGGGCUGUUGCUGCACGGCCCCUUUGCCAGGAAACCCAAACGGAUCCGGACCGCCUUUUCCCCGUCUCAGCUCCUGCGGCUAGAGAGAGCCUUCGAGAAGAACCAUUAUGUGGUGGGGGCCGAGAGGAAGCAGCUAGCCAACAGCCUCAGCCUCUCCGAAACCCAGGUGAAGGUGUGGUUCCAGAACAGGAGGACCAAGUACAAGCGCCAGAAGCUGGAGGAGGAGGGCCCAGAGUGCCAGCAGAAGAAGAAGGGCACCCAUCACAUCAACAGGUGGAGAAUCGCCACCAAACAGGCCAGCUCUGAGGACAUUGACGUCACGUCCGAUGACUAGCCCCUGCUCUCGCUUCCUGCCGGCAGCACUCUAUUUAUUAUGUCAUAUUAUUAGAUAUAAAGAGAUAUAUUGAAGAACAAAAGCAAUGGCAGAAUCUGUCAUUUGCAGAGGUUUUAAGCUCAUUUUGUUUAAUGAACUGGAGAGGAUUUUCUCCGUAUGGGAAAAGAUGGACUUGGGAACACAGCAGAGCUCUCUUGGAUGAAGCAAGAAGGUGUGGACUGCUAUAAUACUGACAGUAAAGACAGGGGGAGUUUUGUGUGUCUUGUUCUUUUCCGCUUUGCAUAGGUAACUGUGCAGCACCUUGUACAUUCACAGCCAAUCUGCAGUAAAUCCCUGCAAGCUGUUCGGGUCCAUCCAGACUUAUACUGAAAAUCCACUCAAGACAUCCCUUGCUCCUUCUUCUCCACAGCCUUCACCCGCCUGCCCUUGAUGUCUGUCUAGAAAGAAUCCUCCUGUGUGUGUGUCAAAUACCCAGUGCUUGUCAAGAGAAGUCCCUGGGUGGCGCACAGACAACAGGGUCUUUGCAGUGUUGGCAUUUAGAUUUUGUCCUUGGAGUUGGGGGGAGUCCAUGGUCUUUGCAAGGAAGCUGCCGUUUUGCACAAAUGUUUUAUAAACCCAAACAUCUUGUAUAAAAUGAAUCCCAGUAAACUAGCUGUUAAGAAGAAGGAGGUGCUGAGUGCUCUUCAUCGAUCGUCAGGCUGUGGCUGCUGUGUGCGAUUUACACAUCUCUGCCUGGACUAAAGGAUUGACAGUAAUGCCUUUUCGUGGUUACUCUGACCUAACAGAUUGAGAGAGAACUUUAUAUUUAUUUCCCUUUCUUUCUGUGCGGAGCUUGGUGUAGGUUUAGGCACUGCUGUGGGUUUGCAGUGAUGUCCCAGUUUGCAGGUUAUGAGCAGCAAAAAAACAUGAGCUGCUCAAGCCCAUAUGGACACACACUCUGACUGGAAGUCAGAACAUCAGAAAGGUCUGCAAAUCGGAGGAGUCAUUCGGCCAAUCUUGCUUGUCUGGUAAUUUAGUAGCCAAGUGAAUAUAAAAUUUCAUCCUGCAGUUUCUAAAAGGUGCCCAGGUUUGGACCUCAACCACAGAGCUUCCACUGGUGUUCCAGACACCCACUACUCUUUGAGUAACGAAGGCCAGAGCUCAGACUCAUGAUGCCUCAUUUUACUCACUACUGGAUGCAGCAUGAAGUAAUGACAGUGAAGGCAAUUCUGGUUCUAAUCAGUAGAUACACUUUUUAAUAUACUUGUGCAUGCAUAGGAAUCUUAGAGUAGUAGUUGCAAUGCAGUAGUUGUAAUGAAUUAUGCAUAUGCAAAUUAUCUAGCUAUUUACAACAUGACAGGAGAUGGAACUUAUAACUUUUUAUUCUAUCUUUAUUCACUUCCCAGUAGAAAGCUUAAGUUUGCAGCCAAAGAUAACUGUUUCGUCCUUGUUAAGACUCAUUGGCGCAACACAGUUAACUAUACAGUAUGUAAUUGCACAGAGACCCAUGCCGACAGUGGAAUUCGAGGGACUACAGAGAUACAAACCCAUCACACGUGUCCACAGCUCCUUCACUGACUUGAGCUGAAUGUCCAGCUAGAAUUCCCCUAGCCUGGCCCUUGUCUUUCUGCAGAGCAGGAGCUCCAGGGUGACAGUGCCUGGAUUCUGCCUUCCCACCUCCCAGCCUCAGUGGGAAACACUACCUGCCCCCGCCAGCCUCAGUGAGCCACAACACCUGCCCCUCUGGGCCUCUGUGGCCCAGGGCACCUACCCCCUCCCAUGGGUGCCUCCUCAUCAGGACAGAAUCUUUCAAUUCACCUGACACUGCAUUUGAACUAGACCAUUGUCUUCAGCCAUGUUUUGUUCCAUCCAUGAAGACAAUGACUGCACAGCAGACCAGAGCUGUAGGUUCUUUGUAGUGUUUGCGGACAAAAGCCUGGUCUUGCUCCCAGGAUAGUGAGAGAGACGUUUUUGCUUUCUCCUUUCUUGUUCGUAUCCAGUGACUUCAUCUGUCUUUCCAAGUCAGUAUUGGAAGUGUCAGAUAUUGAACAUAGCUUUCAAAUGCAACUGCUGGAAUACAUUUUCCAUGUAGCUCAGGAUAGAGGCUAUUUUAUUUAAUUUAUAAAGCUCUGGUUAGCAUUUGGGUUAGACUAACACCGUACCCACUGAUUCCAGAUGCCCUGGAAUUCAUAUUUUAGCCAGUUGAAGGGUGUAGGGUGGGGAUAUUUGGUGUAGUUUUUCUAGCCAUAUAACCUGCCACUGUUUUCAGCACCUCUCCAUGAAAGGUCGCAGUUUGGCGUAUAAGAGACAGACAACGACUGCUUUCUCAUUCUGAACUUAGUUAGAAGCUGCUGCCACUGUGUUAAGCUGCAUUUCCAGAGAGCUGCCCACCAUGUUUUCUCUGAAAUAGCCUGCAGCACAGAUUCCAGGCCAUGAGAUUCCAAUACACAGUGAGCGGAGCUCUCUGUCUUUAAAACAUCUCAUUCCGGAUAAGUAAUGUCCUCGGUGCGGCGGUGACUCACAUUCAAAACGGGGGCAAACUCAGGAUUCUUUGGAAAAAAACUAAAGUGGUUUUCUCUAAAAAGGAAAUGUUUGAAUUAAUAUUGAAAUGCUCUUAAAUUUCAACUUCAGACAUAAGUACUAACGAUCUCCAUCUCCCAGCAAUGAUAUCCACCAAUUUACUAAUAAACUGCACUUAUCUGACAAGGUUUGCUGAAUGCUCAUUCAUCCCAGUAAGUGCUAAUUAGCAAUUCUAGUCAACUAUCCAGCUUGAGAUACAGGUGUGAAUGCUUAUUUUUACAAUUCUGUACACUUCUGGAGUGGCAGAAUUAAGUAUUCACGCCCUAUAUCUUAAACUAGCUGUUUGACUAUUAAUCUAAACGUCCUAUUACAGGUGUUAGUGUCUGAGCUCUGACCUUCUGAAGCUCUAGCAGUGAUUUAAGACUUUCCAACACCUCAGUGGUGACCAGUAAGAGAAUACCUGGGCCGAGCAAUGAACAUAUUAGACUAAAGGAAACAAAAUAGAGAACAUUGAGUUUUCCCGGUUCCCAGCACUGCCAGAGACUGAUCCAAGAAUCAAAAGACACAGCUUGCAUCAUUAACGAACUACAACCCCAUUGAGCAAGACAGGCUGAAUGGCUUUCUCUUGUUUGGAGUUUUUAACCUCUCUUCAUGCUGACAGUUACAGCAGAGUGAUGUGUGUAAAUAGAUACACUUCUAUCAAUUUAAAGUGGAAUUAAAUUGUAUCUCAUAGAACGGUUAUGAACAUUAGUAAACAUCCCUGUUUCUGUGAUGAAUAAAAGGUUCAUACUGAUUUAUUUUUAACUGAAAAAUUCAGUUUGUUCCUCUCUUGUUAAAUGUAAU